ACUACAGGAGAAUUGCAGGCAGCCGUCCUCACUGUAAUACCCCAGCCUCCGCUCCCCCUCCUUUCUCUCUCUCUCUCUCUCUUUCUCCCUCUCUCUCUCUCUUUCUGUCUUUCUAUUACUGUCUCAGAAAAAAGAAUACAACACACUAGCUUCAUUUGAAGCAACAGCAAUUUAAAUGCUUGCAGCUCAAUCACUGUAUUCAGAUACUGCUGGAAUAGCAGAGCAUUCAAGCUCAGGCAGCAGCGAACUGAAAACCUGACCAUUUGAAAAAGAAAAAUACUGAAGGAAAGAAAGAAAGAAGAAAACCCAACAACAAUCCCAUAACUCGCUUCAGCUCAUUCAUAUUUCUUCCCCCAGCAGCACUGGGGAAGGGACUGGGCAGCUCGGUCUCAGAGACUCUCCUGCUCCCAACUUCUGCAUCUUGACGACAUGGCACUGACACUCCCAGGAACUGUUCCCCUCUGUAUGGUCAGCCUUGGAAUUCUACUCGUGGUGUGUGCGGUCCCUGCUGAAGCUGGGCUGUCUCAGAAACAUGGUCCAGAUAUUGCUGAUGACAGCAAUGACAACAUCACCAUCUUCACGCGCAUUCUGGACAGGCUGUUGGAUGGGUAUGACAACAGACUGAGACCUGGGCUUGGAGACAGUGUAACUGAAGUCAAGACAGACAUUUACGUGACGAGUUUCGGCCCUGUCUCAGACACAGACAUGGAAUACACCAUUGAUGUUUUUUUCCGUCAGUCUUGGAGAGAUGAAAGGCUAAAGUUUGAUGGCCCCAUGAAGGUCCUACCCCUUAACAACCUGCUGGCCAGCAAGAUCUGGACCCCUGACACCUUCUUUCACAAUGGCAAGAAAUCAGUAGCCCACAACAUGACCACACCCAACAAGCUUCUGCGCCUGGUGGAUAAUGGCACCCUCCUGUACACCAUGAGGUUAACAAUCCAUGCCGAGUGCCCCAUGCACCUGGAGGACUUCCCAAUGGAUGUACAUGCCUGCCCACUGAAGUUUGGAAGCUAUGCCUACACGAAGACAGAGGUAAUCUAUACUUGGACGCUGGGGAAAGAUAAGUCAGUAGAAGUGGCAAAAGGUGGAUCUCGCCUCAAUCAGUAUGAUCUUUUGGGCCAUGUUGUUGGAACAGAGAUGGUUCGAUCUAGUACAGGAGAGUACGUCGUCAUGACCACACAUUUUCACCUCAAGCGGAAGAUUGGGUACUUUGUGAUACAGACAUACCUGCCCUGCAUUAUGACUGUCAUCCUAUCACAGGUCUCCUUCUGGCUUAACAGAGAGUCUGUCCCUGCCCGAACUGUUUUUGGUGUUACCACAGUCCUCACCAUGACCACCCUCAGCAUCAGCGCCAGAAACUCCUUACCAAAAGUGGCGUAUGCGACGGCCAUGGACUGGUUCAUAGCCGUCUGUUACGCCUUUGUGUUUUCUGCGCUGAUCGAAUUUGCUACAGUCAACUACUUCACCAAACGCAGCUGGGCCUGGGAUGGCAAAAAGGUACUGGAGGCCCAGGAGAUGAAGCCACUUCCCAUGGCUCAGAUGGUUUGCAUCAGAUCCAAGGAUUUGAAAUGAACUUCAUCUUGGAUCUUCAGGUAUGAGGCUCCUAGCUUAGCUGUGACUCCCAAGGCUUCCAGGAUCCCAGCUCCAUGAAGCUCUGAGAUCAUCAACUCUGGAGCAGUCUCCAUGGCAGCAGAUCAAGCCCCAUGGACUUGUUCUGAGGCAAUGCUCCAGGUGGGUUACAGAGAAGCUGGGUAGGACAGCAGGCAGGCAUCUAACAGGUAUCAAUCUGGCAGGCAUGUUUUGAAGCUGCCCAAAAAGCAGACCUCCUUUGCCACCCUGCCUGUGUUUUGUUGAAAGAUCUGCCCAAAUUUUAUCUGCAAAAGGUUUCAGUUUUGUUAAAUUUUUCCCUUUUCAGUGGGAAAUCUGUCCCUUUGACUUGGCUGAAGAUACAGUGAUUUGUAUGCAGUGAAUGCAUCGUGAUGAAGUACAGCUAAAUAUGGAAAAUGCUGCCAUACUAUUCUUUGUUCCAACACGGCAUCAACUAAGAGCAAAUUUAUAAUGAGAUUGAGACAUACAAAAACACUGCUUCAUAUUUUUUAUUAUGCCAUUAGCCCUAAUAAUUCAUUGGAGUCAGGUUCCCAAAUGUUGGGUACAUAGUUGCACGUACAAUGUCUGUCUAAUUUGCAUUCAAAUUGUGCACACAAAAUAGAUAAGCAGCUACGCAAUCAUCUUAUUUAUGUGCCCAAAUGCAUUAAUUCUUAAUAUUAACUAAGUCAGACGUAUAAAUAUCAAAAUCAUUCCCUUUGUAUACCCACCUGGGAAAUUCUAGAGUAGCUUUCAGAUGAUGGCCUUUUAUAUUCUUUGUGAGUUAGUGAUCAUUUUUGGAGACAUUUUGCUUCCUUUGCUAAUUUUAGAUCAUAAUUGUUGGCCUGCAUUAUUUGGCAUUUGUAGUUCUGUUGUUUAUGGAGAGCAUGUGCAUAACUUAGUUGCAACACAGCUAACCACGUUGUCAUUUAAAAAACUAUUCAUUUUGCUGGUUAGAGAGUAGUUUUUUGUUGUCAUGGUAACCUUUUCGGUAUUGAGGCUCAUAGACAGAGGAAAGGUAAGUGCUGAAAAUUGCCUUUACAUGCCAUGUUUUAGUGUAGUUUCAAACGCAAGAGAAGGUGACGGACAAUUUUCAUCGAAUGAAAUUUCAAAUGUCGUUUUGAAAUACUUUGUACACUAAAUUCUUUCCUUGCCUGGAGGGAAUGGAAUGGAAUUCAGUUAGAGAUACUUAAGGUAUCCUCAAGCAUUUUACAAAGCAAAUUGAGUUAAAUGCUGACAGAAUGAGUUUACAAUGAUACACUCAACACACGGCCUUGUAGAUUAGAAUUUCUUUCCCUGAGAGAGAAGAUAUAGACUAUUCCACCAGCAUUAGUUUCUGUCAGAGUGAAUAGAAUUUUUGUCCCUUUACUAGAAAGCUGACCAAAUAGA